AUGCUUCAACAACCCGUAUCACGUCAACUACGCUCCUUUCAAUCUUUAUCUCGUUUUUCUGAAAAUCGGGGAUUACUGAACAGGCGUUUAUCAACUUUUAAUACACGAAAUUAUUCACAAGCAAGAUUCACAGAACCUGCACUGCAUUGCUUACAUCAGGCUGUACCACCACGUUCAUGGGCUUUAAGAAUUGUAAUGAAUCCGUGGUUUGACAGAAUAACGAUGCUUGUUAUUUUGAUUAAUUGUGUAACACUUGGAAUGUAUCGACCAUGUGAAGACAACAAUAAUUGUACAACUUAUCGCUGCUAUAUUCUCUCUAUCACUGAUCAUGCUAUUUUUGCAUAUUUUGCUUGUGAAAUGAUUAUUAAAAUAGUCGCUCUUGGGUUUUACGGCUCAACUGCAUAUCUUUCCGAUACUUGGAAUCGUCUUGAUUUUUUCAUUGUUUGUGCUGGCAGUGCAGAGUAUUUAUUGCAAGAAUAUUUGGGUAAUAUAAAUUUAACAGCUAUAAGAACAGUUCGUGUACUUCGUCCAUUACGAGCUGUCAAUAGAAUACCAUCUAUGAGGAUUCUUGUUAAUCUAUUACUCGAUACAUUACCAAUGCUUGGCAAUGUAUUGCUAUUGUGUUUCUUUGUAUUUUUCAUAUUUGGUAUUGUUGGUGUGCAAUUAUGGGCUGGUCUGCUCAGGAAUCGUUGCGUAAUUAAUUUACCAAAAACAAAUAUUGAUAUCGAUAUAUCAGAUAUAUCACUGGCACGAUAUUAUAUACCUGAGGACACCUCAUUAGAGUAUAUCUGUAGUCAGGCAGAUUCAUCUGGUCUCCAUACAUGCAACAAUCUACCUCUUUAUACAAACAAUGGAGUUAAAUGUAAUUUAACAAUAGCUGAAUGGGAGAAAGCAGUAAACAACUCUGCAGCUUGUAUUAAUUGGAAUGCUUAUUAUAACGAAUGUAAAGUUAUGCAUCGAAAUCCAUUUCAAGGAUCAAUUUCAUUUGAUAAUAUUGGCUUUGCAUGGAUUGCUAUCUUCUUGGUUAUAAGCUUGGAAGGAUGGACGGAUAUUAUGUAUUAUGUUCAAGAUGCGCAUUCAUUUUGGAAUUGGAUAUAUUUUGUACUGCUGAUUAUUAUAGGAGCAUUUUUUAUGAUCAAUCUGUGCUUGGUUGUGAUUAAAAUCUCAUCCAGUCGAAUUUUUGCGCACCUCAGUCGAUUUCGUGAAAGACUUCGACAAUUUGUGAUAUGCAAUCAUUUUAAACGUGGAAUUUUAUUUGCUAUUUUGAUUAAUACUCUCAGUAUGGGUGUCGAAUAUCAUCAGCAGCCAGAAUUUUUAACAACAGUUCUGGAAAUCAGUAACUAUUUUUUUACUGGUUUGUUUGCCCUUGAAAUGUUGCUCAAAAUAGGCGCAGAUGGAUUAUUUGGAUAUCUUUCGGAUGGUUUUAAUCUUUUUGAUGGCGGAAUUGUCGCUCUCAGUGUAUUAGAAUUAUUUCAAGAAGGAAAAGGUGGUUUGUCAGUACUUCGGACAUUUCGUUUACUUCGAAUUCUAAAACUUGUACGAUUUAUGCCCGCACUGCGAUAUCAGUUGGUUGUUAUGCUUCGUACAAUGGAUAAUGUAACGGUAUUUUUUGGAUUACUCGUUCUCUUCAUCUUUAUUUUCAGCAUACUUGGAAUGAAUUUAUUUGGUUGCAAAUUCUGCAAAAAUGCGAUAGAUCAGACGAAAAAAUGUGAAAGAAAAAAUUUUGAUUCACUUUUAUGGGCACUUGUUACUGUCUUUCAAAUUCUGACACAAGAAGAUUGGAAUGUAGUUUUGUUUAACGGAAUGGCUCGUACAACACCUUGGGCUGCUUUGUACUUUGUUGCUCUAAUGACUUUUGGCAAUUAUGUUUUAUUUAAUCUACUUGUUGCUAUUUUAGUAGAAGGUUUUCAAGAAAGUAAAGAAGAAGAAAAACGUCAAUUAGAAGAAGAAGCAAUAAAAAAGGCAACUGUUGAAGAGGAAGAAAGAAAACGAGAAUUAGAAGUAUUAUUAGCUAAGGCUUCUUCCUGCAAAAUAAUUAUGCAUAGAAGAAUUACUUAUUUUCUUAGGCUGAGCCGACGUCAUACUUUACUUAUAUUACCUCAAAUGGUACAAAAUCUGGAUUCUCAUUCUUCAAGUUGUAAUGCUCGACAACGUAUGCAUAGUUGGUGUGGUAUGCAUUCAACAUUUAAUUUACUCUGUCCUAUUUACAGUCAUCAAGCAGUUUUGGAAGCAUACGCAAGAGAUAAAUUAAUAAAAGCUAGUCAGGAAUUGCAAAUGGUAUUUGAAGAAAAAGAAAGGCGCAAAAAAGCACGAGAAAAUUCACUGUGGAUGCGAUUAAUUAAAAAAACUUGUUUUCACAGACGUGCUGAUCAUUCACUUUACAUUUUUGAUCCAAAAAAUCAGAUUCGUAUUAAAUGCCUUCAGUUGACACAAAAAAAAUGGUUUGAUUAUACGGUGUUAAUAUUUAUUGCCAUAAAUUGUAUAACAUUAGCAAUGGAACGGCCAUCAAUUCCUCCAAAAUCAUUAGAACGUCAAUUUCUUUCCUUUUCUGGAUAUGUUUUUACCGUAAUUUUUACUAUUGAAAUGUCCAUGAAAGUUAUUGCAAAUGGUUGCCUGUUUGGUAAAAAUGCGUAUUUUAAAGAUGGAUGGAAUAUUUUAGAUGGCGCAUUAGUGAUUAUUAGCCUUAUGAAUGUCGUUUUCGAAUUACUUGUUCAUACGAAUUCACCAAAAAUCUUCGGUGUGUUACGUGUGUUACGGUUGCUGAGAGCAUUACGUCCUUUACGAGUUAUUAACCGAGCACGUGGCGUAAAACUUGUGGUUAUGACUUUGAUAAGCAGUUUGAAACCUAUUGGAAAUAUUGUUUUAAUUUGUUGCACUUUUUUCAUAAUUUUUGGUAUUUUGGGUGUUCAAUUAUUUAAGGGUACGAUGUAUCAUUGCACUGGUCCGAGUAUAGCAAAUGUAACAACAAGAGCAGAAUGCUUAAUGGACCCACGAAAUCGUUGGGUUAAUCAUCGUUACAACUUUGAUAACCUUGGCCAGGCACUAAUGUCAUUGUUUGUUUUGGCUAGCAAAGAUGGUUGGGUUGGUAUCAUGUAUCAAGGUAUUGAUGCAACAGGUGUAGAUUUGCAGCCAAUUGAAAAUUACAAUGAAUGGAGAAUGAUUUACUUCAUUUCGUUUCUCUUACUUGUUGGAUUUUUUGUCCUUAAUAUGUUUGUUGGCGUAGUUGUCGAAAAUUUUCAUAAAUGCAAAGAAGCAUUAGAAGCUGAAAUGAAAGAACAAGCUCGACAAAAACGCCUAGAACGCCGAUUAAAGCAACAAAAAUAUGAAAAUCAACAUGAACACAAAAGAAAAAAACGACCAAAAAUACAACCAUACUGGCAUGGUUAUGGACCAAAAAGAUUUUUUUUGAAUAAUGUAGUAACAUCGAAAUAUUUUGAUCUUGCUAUUGCUGCAGUUAUAGGAAUAAAUGUGAUAUCAAUGGCUAUGGAGUUCUAUAUGAUGCCAAGUGGAUUAAAAUAUGUUCUAAAAGCGUUGAAUUAUUUUUUUACUGCUGUUUUCACGUUGGAAUCAGCAAUUAAACUUGUGGCAUUAGGAUUUCGUCAGUUUUUUAGUGAAAGAUGGAAUCAGCUGGAUAUUUCUAUUGUGAUUUUAUCCAUCUCUGGUAUUAUAUUUGAAGAAUUUGAAGCAUUAGAAUUACCCAUUAAUCCAACAAUUAUUAGAGUUAUGAGAGUUCUUCGAAUUGCUCGUGUACUGAAACUACUGAAAAUGGCAAAUGGUAUACGAUCACUUUUGGAUACAGUUGGUGAAGCACUACCACAAGUUGGAAAUCUUGGAUCUCUUUUCUUUUUACUUUUUUUUAUUUUUGCUGCGCUUGGUGUUGAAUUAUUUGGUAAACUUGAAUGUUCUGAUGAGCAUCCAUGUGAUGGACUUGGUGAACAUGCUCAUUUCAAGAAUUUUGGAAUGGCAUUUCUCACACUUUUUCGUAUAGCUACAGGCGAUAACUGGAAUGGAAUUAUGAAAGAUGCCUUACGUGAUGACUGUGAUCCUUCUGAUAGAUGUGAAUCGAACUGCUGUGUUGAUCCCAUACUGGCACCAUGUUUUUUCAUCAUAUUUGUAUUAAUUUCACAGUUUGUGUUAGUGAAUGUUGUCGUUGCAGUUUUGAUGAAACACUUAGAAGAAAGUAAUAAAAACGAAGAUAACUUGGAGGGUAAUGCAAUCAGUGAUACAAAUAAUGAAGUAAACAAAAGUGAUACAGAUGGUGAAGAAGAUGCAGGUUCAUCACAAAAAAAUCCAGUUCGAAAAUUGAUUCCUCCAACAAGUUAA